UCACAACUCACUCCCUCCAUUCUUCUACACAUUAAUUAGUUGUAUUUGAUUGUUGGAGAUGUCGCCUGAGAUCGGAAAAUUCAACAGGAUUCGUUGCAUUGUAAGGAUUAGUCAGAUGCUCCGACAAUGGAAGAGAAGAGCUAUAUCUUCUUCAUCUAAACGCAUAGCUUCUGAUAUACCUGCCGGACACGUAGCGAUCUCGGUAGGCAGUAAUUGCCGGAGAUUCGUGGUGCGAGCAAAGUAUUUGAAUCAUCCGAUUUUCAGGAAGCUAUUGACUCAGGCGGAGGAAGAGUAUGGUUUCUCUAACCAUGGAACUUUGGCUAUACCUUGCGAUGAGUUUUUAUUCGAGGAGAUCCUUAGGUUCGUCUCUCGAUCUGGAUCCAGUAAUUGGAAUUGUUCGUUAAAUAUCGAUGAUUUUCAGAAAUCAUGCCAUGCAAGGUACAGGAAUAGUAUGGAGAAUUUUGGUGAAUCUCGAGCGUUACUGGGUGGAUCUACUGAAAAACCAGUGUGUUAAAAAAACAUUUGAGUUUAAUUUAGGAGUAGAAAAUUUGUGAUGUUGCAGAUGGAGAUGGCGAAAAAAGAAUUGAGUCAUCCCGAAAUGUUUUGCUGACAGACUCCAGAUUAUAAAGAGUGUCUGUUACGUGAGAAUUACAAAAGUAGGGAAUCGAAUUGUGAAAGUUCAAGUGGCGACUAAUGGAGCUAUGAAAAUUACCUAAUUAUGUUAUUCUUUUCUGAAAUUUACGUUAUACGUAUUUUUUUUUUCUUUGUUCAAGAAAAAGUUGUAAAACUUAAUACUUAAUUACGUAAUUGAUAUAUUACUCUUGAAGAUUUUCAUUUUGUA